AUGAUAGGCAUCCAGACCCUGUCCCUGUCUGUCCUCUCGUCUGUCCAGACCGUUGCCAUCGCUCUCUCAGAGGUCAAGUCUCCCGCGAUCUGCAAAGGCGCUGUCCUUAGCGCCUGCAUCCCCCUGAUCCUUAUCAAGCGCCCUAUCAGAUGCACUGCCCGCCUUGGUGAUCUUCCACCAUACCCAGAUGUCCAGCCUAUGAGGCUAUCGUCCUUGUCACUCGUCUGCCCGGAUGUAACCCAGGCUCAGGCGGGUCAAUCUGGAGGGAGGGCAGGGCAUGUGGAUUGCGCACGCGCCGACCUUACUACAGUGGACGAGAGGUAUAUAAACCCUCAAACAUCGCACCCUGUACCUCCUUCAUCCAUCCCACCCAUCCAACCCAGCACCCCUCAAAGCAAUCGGAAGAAGCCCCAGCAAGAGAAGACCGCCAUGAAGACCGCAGCCCUCUCAACCGCCCUCCUCUCCCUCCUCUCCACAGCCCUCGCCGAAAAACUCAUCGUCGGCGGCGACGACGCCGAAAUCACCGACUACCCCUACCAAAUCGCCCUGCUCCAAUCCGGCUCCCUCAUCUGCGGCGGCUCCAUCAUCUCGCCCCGCUACAUCGUGACAGCCGGCCACUGCGCCGACGGCGCCUCAGCCCGCUCCCUCUCUAUCCGCGCCGGGUCGACGUACCAUGCGCGCGGCGGGACCGUCGUCGGGGUUUCCUCGAUCACCGUGCACCCGCAGUACGACUCUGCCACGAUCGACAACGACAUUUCGAUCCUGGAGCUGAGCGAGGAUCUGGUCUUUGGGAGCGGGAUUGCGGCGAUUGAUCUGCCGAGUUCGUCUGCGCUUCCGGCGGCGGGGACGAUCGGGACGGCGACGGGUUGGGGCGCGCUCCGUGAGGGAGGCAAUGUUAGUCCCAACUUGCAGUAUGUCGAUGUGCCGGUUGUGAGUACCAGUCAGUGCAGCAGUGACUAUGCGGGCUUCAAUGAUAUCACGGCGUCCAUGGUCUGUGCGGGUGAGGAGGAGGGCGGCAAGGAUGGGUGCCAGGGUGACUCUGGUGGUCCGUUUGUUGCGGAUGGUGUGCUUAUCGGUAUUACUUCCUGGGGCAAUGGGUGUGCGCGUGCGGGAUACCCUGGUGUUUACUCGAGCCCGGCGUAUUUCAGGGACUUUAUCCAGCAGGUUACUGGGAUUUAA